AGAAGACAGAGCGGCCGAGGGAGAAGAGAGAGAGGCGCCUCAUUCCAAUCCGUGCGCCCGAGAUUCCGGCGGCGCAAGGCAAGGCCGCCGCUCUGUCUCCGACCGGGCCGUGGAGCUCCUGAUCUCUUCUUCUCCAUGCCAGAAAGACCAUAGAUUUUUGGACAAGCGAGAUCAAGCAGUGGACAUGGAACAACAACCUCAACCUGCGAUGGGUGAUGUUGCUGGUGGAUCACAAGUGUAUCCUGCCUCAGCUUAUGCGCCUACAGCAACAGUAGCUCCUGGUGUCACUCCAGCCUGUUCACAGCCAACACCACUCCCUGCUAAUCCAGUUCAGCUCAGUGCACAGAACCAGCUCCUCUACGAGCAAUCGCAGCAAUAUCAGCAGCAGCUCCAGCAAGAGCAUCAGAGGCAGCUCCAGCAGUUUUGGGCCGAACGGUUGUCGGAGAUUGAGCAGACAACUGACUUCAAGAACCACGCGCUGCCACUCGCCAGGAUCAAGAAGAUCAUGAAGGCCGACGAGGAUGUCCGCAUGAUCUCUGCAGAAGCCCCGAUGAUCUUCGCAAAAGCCUGCGAGAUGUUCAUACUGGAGCUGACGCUGCGAUCGUGGAUGCACACCGAGGAGAACAAGCGCCGGACCUUGCAGAAGAACGACAUCUCUGCUGCUAUAACCAGGACUGACAUCUAUGAUUUUCUGGUGGACAUAAUUCCCAGGGAUGAGAUGAAGGAGGAGGGAGUGGGGGUGAGAGCCGGGCAACCUGCUCCGGUGGACACGUCCCAGUAUUACUAUGCGCAGCAGGCUCAGCAGCAGAUGCCAGGUGCAGAAAUGGUGUAUUGUGGGCAGCAGGGCCAGCCGACGACCUAUUUGUAUCAGGAGCCUCAGGAACAACAGCGGGGGCCUCCUUCAGAGCAGCAAUCUUUUAAUGAAAGUGGUUGAGAUAUGCUACCCUGAAGGCUGGAGUUGUCACCAGUCACCAGAUUCAGACUUCUCAUUUUAGAAUGGACAUUUUGAACUUUUAUCAGGUUUUGCGUUAGCUUAUAUGAUGGUUAUAUCUCAGUUAUUAAAAACAUGUGGUUCUGA